AUGUAUCAAAAACUCCUAACCUUUUUACUUCAAUUUCUUUUCUUCUUGUUCAUUUUAAUUUUAGAAAUAAAUAAUAUAAGAGUGGAAAAUUUCUUCAGACCCAAGUCAUCUUCUGGUACUUCAGGUAAUUUAUUUGAUAUACAGAAUAAUCCUGAAGACCGAUCACGUUUAAACGACUCCUUAGAAAAUUUAACAGAAUCACUGAAUUCGCGUAAACUUGCUCUAAGAUUGGCACCUUGUUUCAGUAAAUCAAAUAAUUCCACUUCCUCAGUUGUCUAUAGUAGACUCAAUUCAACAAGGAUUGUUUCAAAAUUGUCUAAUGAAUUUGAUAGUAAAAUAAAUAACGAAAAAAGUGAUAUCGUAUCAUCAAAUGACAGGACAAAUGGUCAUUUUGAUCCUUGGUUGGAUACAAGUAUAAACCAGCGAAUUCAUCAAGGUGUAUACGAAUACUUAGAUGCUGGACUGGAGGAUAUACACGAAGAAUUUGAUAAUGUGGAAGAAGGAGAUAAGGAUGAUAAUGUUGGUGAGUUGGAAGAUUCAAUUAAUACUAACAGUCAAAUGGAGAAUGAUUCUUUAGAGUCAAACAUUUAUAGUAAAGUUGAGCAACGUCAGCAUUCACGUCAGCCAUCCACAUCAUCUUCUUCAUCGGCGUCAUCAGUAUCGUCUACCUUUAGAAAGUUACAUCUCAAACGUUUGUUUCAAAGUACAAAAUCCAAGAUUAAAGUCUCUUCAUCUUUACAAG